GCAGCAGCAGGGAGAGCUCAUACUGCAGCCUGUGCCGAUCGACCGGCAGGGUGGCACUAUCUGACCAGAGUCCCACUGGAGACCCCCAGGCACCGCCAGUCACAUGCUGGCCGAUCAAUGGCCGUGCACUGGGAGUCCUAGUUUUUCCAGAUCAACCAGAGGCACUCAGAGCCCGCAGUGGAGAGACAGCACUCAGCAUGCUCCCACCGCUCACCCAGCUAACCCAGAACACCCUCUUUCACGGUGGGCUCCCCGUGAAGGCGGAGCAACCAUCAAAAUAAUCCACACCACCAUGUGACAGCUCAUCCAUCAUCUAUCCUGACAGCCACACCACCAUGUGACAGCUCAUCCAUCAUCUCUCCUGACAGCCACACCACCAUGUGACAGCUCAUCCAUCAUCUCUCCUGACAGCCACACCACCAUGUGACAGCUCAUCCAUCAUCUCUCCUGACAGCCACACCACCAUGUGACAGCUCAUCCAUCAUCUCUCCUGACAGCCACACCACCAUGUGACAGCUCAUCCAUCACCUCUCCUGACAGCCACACCACCAUGUGACAGCUCAUCCAUCAUCUCUCCUGACAGCCACACCACUAUGUGACACAACAUGGGGGACUGGAACCUACUGGGCAGCAUCUUGGAGGAGGUCCACGUCCACUCCACCAUCGUGGGGAAGAUCUGGCUGACCAUCCUCUUCAUCUUCCGCAUGCUGGUCCUGGGCGUGGCCACGGAGGACGUGUGGGACGACGAGCAGAGCGAGUUCGUCUGCAACACCGAGCAGCCCGGCUGCAAGAACGUGUGCUACGACCAGGCCUUCCCCAUCUCCCUGAUCCGCUACUGGGUGCUGCAGAUCAUCUUCGUGUCCUCGCCCUCGCUGGUGUACAUGGGCCACGCCCUCUACCGCCUCCGGGCGCUGGACAAGGAGCGCCACCGCAAGAAGGCGUGGCUGAAGGCGGAGCUGGACGGCGGCGAGCCCCUCCAGGAGGACCAGCACCGCAGGAUGGAACGCGAGCUGCGGCGGCUGGACGAGCACCGCAAGGUGAGGAAGGCCCCCCUGCGGGGGGCGCUGCUGCGCACCUACGUCUUCCACAUCCUGACGCGCUCGGUGGUGGAGGUGGGCUUCAUCGUGGGCCAGUGCGCGCUCUACGGCAUCGGGCUGGCGCCGCUCUACAAGUGUGAGCGGGACCCGUGUCCCAACAGCGUGGACUGCUUCGUGUCGCGGCCCACCGAGAAGAACAUCUUCCUGGUGUUCAUGCUGGUGAUCGCCGGGGUCUCCCUGUUCCUCAACCUGCUGGAGAUCUUCCACCUCGGCCUGAAGAAGAUCAAGGACAGCCUGUACGGCUCCAAGUACGGCGACGAGGACAGCGUCUGCCGCUCCAAGAAGAACUCCCUGGCGCACCCCGCCUGCCACCUGUCCAACUCCUCCCCCCCGCGGACGCUGCACCUCGCCCACACCGCCGCCGGCUCCCUGGCCCGCGACGGCCAGCCGGGCGGUCACCCCUUCCACCCGGGGCCGGCGGGGGCCCCCCAGCACCACCCGGACGGGGCCCCCUUCGACACCGACGCCCCGGGAGGCGCCUCCGACCAGCGGCCCCGACCGUUCCCCGUCUGCCUGCACCAGCUGGGGGCGGUGGGGCGGCGUUACACCCUGGACGACCCCCGGAAGCCCUCGUGCAGCAGCGAGGAGUCGGCCGGGGCCCAGGGCUCGGGGCCCCAGGGCUCGGGGCCCCAGAGGUACGCCGGGGCCCAGCCGAGGGCCACCCUCGCGGCCGGCCACGCCGAGCUCCCGGCCGCCCUGCGGAGCGCCCAGCGCAAGCAGAGCCGCGUGAGCAGCGGCUGCAAGGAGCCGCUGAGCGACCUGAGCGACUCGCCCGAGAGCGGCCACCACCCCACCGCCAGGAAGGCCAGCUUCAUGUCCCGGGGCAUGUCAGAGAGCCGGCUGGCCAGCCUGUGCGGCAGCGGGGACUCCCAGAGCGGCCUGGACGUGGAGGCCCAGCGCCUGGCGCAGGGAGACAGCCCGCCCUGCACGCCCCCGCCCUCCACAGGCGGCCGCAGGAUGUCUAUGAGCAUGAUUCUUGAGCUGUCGUCCAUCAUGAAGAAAUAACCUGGACGAGACCGGUGGCCUUCGAGAGACUUUAUGGCGAUGGUUUGAAACCCGAGUUUAAAAUUAUAAUCUUGAUUAUCUCCGCCAAAUGAGGGAACAAGAUGGUGGUGGAGCCUGUGGCCGCUGAUGAUAGCCUUGCAUUUACUGUAUUAUGAAUGUCACAAACUGGGGGUCGGAGUCAACUUUUCUGUCAUGCAUUCAAAUGACAAGCGGUCCACAGUUGUUGUAGAGUUUUCCAUCACCCAGGAGUGGCGGGAGAGACUUUGAGACGUAAUGAGAGUUUGACAGGGUGAGUUUGAGACGCGAGUUUGGUGAUGGUAGAGUUUGAGACGCGAGUUUGAGACACGAGUUUGGCGAUGUGAGAGUCUGAGACAUGAGUUUGGCGAGACUUGAGUUUGCCGUGGUGAGGGUUUGAGACAUGAAUUUGGGACAUGAGUUUGAGACGUGAGUUUAACGGGUUGAUAGUUUGAGACGUUAGUUUGAGACAUGAGAUGGGACAUGAGUUUGAGACACGAGUUUGGCAAGGUGAGAGUUUGAGGCGUGAGUUUGGCUUGGGGAGGGUUUGAGACAUGAGAUUGGCAGGGUGAGAGUUUGAGGCGUGAGUUUGGCUUGGGGAGGGUUUGGGGCUUUGAUGAGCGUUUGAUAUGGGGGGGCAAAACGUUCCAAUCGCAGGCUUCCUAAGUCAUUCAUUAUUAGUCCUUAUUUAAGAUAAUUUCACGCAAUUUUGCAAAAUUCUUCGUAAAUGACAAUAUUCAUUCAUUAUACAAGAAAACAAGAACUUUGUAAAUAUUUCCAAAGACAAAUUUUGCAGUAGACCGAAGUUCUAUGGUGGUCUGUGUCCGAGGGAUGUCUUCAGGAUAAGAUUGCUUAAUGAAUAUAAGUAAGAUACAGCCGAUUAGGUUUACAGGCGAGCUGAGAUAGGAAUAUUAGAUAUUGUAAUAAAUCAGAAUUUCAUUGUUAUUGUAGAACAUUGUUAGAUGUGGGAGGAGCAACCACAAAAAAAAAAAAUCUGAGAACUCUCCAUAAUCAUGACGAAUCAUUGUCAAGAAAGCCCCAAAAGAAGAGCACUUAAAAUAACUUUUUUAAAAGGAAACAAAAAUUGUGUAUCAAUAUUUUUAUAUAUUGUAGCUUUCCCUGUUUGUUUGAUGUCUAUUAAAGUGUUUUUCUUCUCUU